GUGUGUAUGGGGGGGGGGGGGGGACUGGCAAGCACAACGAGGCUUAUUUACAUUAAAUACGCACCAAGGUUACAGUGCAGAUAGAUGAGCGUCAUUUUUAUCACUCAUUACUUCUCUUAAGCGGUGACUGACGCGCAGGACGCAGAGGAGGAAACACUCAUUUAUCCUGGAGUUUCUAAGGCGAGGAGGAGAAGAGGAAGAAGAAGAGAGGAAGAAGCGAAACACUUCUCCCGAAAGGCUUCCGUCGUCCCACCUCCUGUGAGGCUGUCGGCGUCUCUUCCUGACACCCGGCGUUCGCUCGUUGGAGAGGCGGCAGUCGACUCGAGGGCUCCCUGAUCAGGGCCGAGCUGAAGUGGGCUUAACGGCGCUAAGCACACCGUCACGCUGUUUAAGAAACUCCCCCCACCACCCGGCGUCUGAGGUGGCUUCUGCAGUCGGCAGCAGUCAGUGAGGAGUGACGGCCAGAGGCCUCUUCGUCCCACCUGCCAGGUUCAGCUCCAGCAUGCAGUUGGCGUAUUGAGGAUGGAGGACUCGAGUUUAUGUCUUGGUGUGUCGUCAGUGGUGCCUGACGCCGAUGCCCAUCUGAGCAGUGCAGUGUUAAAUGGACGCUACCCGAUAAGUCAGAAGCUUCACCAGCUCACCGCCCAGCUAGGACACGCGUUUCCCGACCUACAUCGCCCGCAGCAAAUCCCCGAAGAGAAGGCCGCCACGCCGUUGGAUGAGAAGACGCACCACGCAGCCCUGGCCAGCCAGCCCAUCAGCAGUCAAAUGGCCCUGCUGGCCAAUCAGCUCAAUCGAGACAUCGAUGCAGGGGCGCUGAGUGGGUUGAACGGGCGCGUUGACUUGCAGCAGUUUCUCAACGGGCAGAACUUGGGCAUCAUGUCCCAGAUGAAUGAUAUCGAAGACGAUGCUCGCAAGAACAGAAAAUAUCCCUGUCCGUUGUGCGGCAAGCGCUUUCGCUUUAACAGCAUCCUGUCGCUCCACAUGCGCACGCACACAGGAGAGAAGCCAUUCAAGUGCCCCUACUGUGACCACAGAGCAGCCCAGAAAGGCAACCUGAAGAUCCAUCUCCGCACCCACAAGCUAGGAAAUCUCGGCAAAGGUCGCGGGCGCGUCCGAGAGGAAAACCGGCUGUUGCAUGAGCUUGAAGAGAGGGCCAUCCUGAGGGACAAGCAGAUGAGAGGCAGUGGAAGUCUCCUCCCACCCCCCCAAACACCACAUCUGAGCCUCAAUAGCAGCUCCAACACCCUUCAGCAGCCAUUAGCCUCAGCCUGCGGUCCACCACCCCCAUCAGGCCUUGCCACUCCGGAGACAUUGUCCCAGCCUUCCUCUUCACCCAAGCCGGCCGGCGCCCAAGAUGAGCAGUCCAUGAAUCCGACUACAGGCUUCCGUUGUACCUUCUGCAAAGGAAAGUUCAAGAAGCGUGAGGAGCUGGACCGCCACAUCCGCAUACUUCACAAGCCCUACAAAUGUACUCUCUGUGAGUUUGCAGCCUCCCACGAAGAAGAGCUGAUAAGUCAUGUGGAGAAGGCCCACAUCACAGCUGAAACAACCCAGGGCACAGGAGGUGGUGGAGGUGGAGGUGUGCAGACGGCCACCGAGUUUCGUUGUGACGUGUGCGGCCAGGUGUUCAGCCAGGCUUGGUUCCUCAAGGGUCACAUGCGAAAGCACAAGGACUCGUUCGAGCACUGCUGCCAAAUCUGUGGCCGUCGCUUUAAAGAACCCUGGUUCCUAAAGAACCAUAUGAAGGUGCACCUAAACAAACUGGCCAUCAAGAGCAAGCCGCCCCAGCCCAGUGAGCAAGACAUAGCUGCCGUCAACAGCAUGAGCAACCUUGCCCAGGAAGCUCACGCUAACCUUUAUUCCCGCUACAUCUCCUGUCUCCAGGGAGGCUUCCUUUCACCAGACAAGCAGGGUCUGAGUGAGCAGCACCAGAUGCUGGCUAAGGCAGGCAUAGCCAUGAAGGAAAAGGAGAUGUUGGGUAAGCUUCUGGGACCGAUGGCAGGCGGAAUGGGACAUGCUCUCGGUGAAAACGAGAAACGGUCACUCCUUGGUUGUCUCAACCUUGUGCCACCACUCAAGUCAAGCUGUAUGGAGCGCCUCCAGGCAGCGGCAAAAGUUGCAGAGAUGGACUCCCUCAAUAGCUACCAAGCCUGGCAGAUAAUGGCUCGUGGAAUGGCUAUGGACCGGGCUUUCAUGCCCAAGGAUCAACAGCAGCACCCACACCAUAUACCCACAGGGCAGGAAGAUGAGAUGGGUGGUGCAGGGGCCUUGAACUCCUACUCGAAAGAUAAACAAGACUACUCCCUGAUUGCUUCUAAUGAUAGCUCAAAGCAGAAGCAGCUCUCUGAGGCUUUGCAGGGAUCCAAGGUGUCUGGCGGAGCCUUGAUGUCCAUGAAGGAAGAUGGAAGAGGCUAUGACAGUCAUCGUGACUUAUUGGCUCACCACGGCGGUGCUGAUGCUCCUGGAGCUCUGGCUGGCUUGGGUAACCCAAACAUCGACUACAGCCUUUCCAAUCUGUCUAGCCUGAAGGAGAAACCUUCCGAGUGUCCCGACUGCGGGCGGGUCUUCAGAACCUACCAUCAAAUGGUCGUCCACUCAAGAAUCCACGGUAAAGACAGAAGAAGCAUUGAAGAAGCGCUUCAGCUCGAUGAGCGCCGCGGGUCAGCCAGUGACCCCGAGUCUCAGUCCAUCAGCCGUUCCACCACUCCGGGUUCAUCCAACGUGACAGAAGAGAGCGGAGCAGGCGGCGGACACUCGCAGACAGGAAGCAUCCAGGAUGACAGCCCGCAUCCCUCCUCGCCAUCCUCAGAUGUCGGGGAGGACCUGGCGAAGGCGGCGGGCAGCGCUCCGCCGCCGCUGUCCCAGCAGCACCGCGAGCGCGGCGGCCUGGCCUCCUCCUCCAAGGACUGUCCCUACUGCGGCAAGACCUUCCGCACCUCCCACCACCUCAAAGUGCACCUGCGCAUACACACAGGGGAGAAACCCUACCGGUGCCCUCAUUGUGACUACGCUGGCACCCAGUCUGCCAGUUUGAAGUACCACCUGGAGCGCCACCACCGCGAGCGCCAGAACGGCUCCACUCCGUCAGGCCCCUCCUCCGGACACACGUCCGACCACAAGGAUGACCACGGGAAGUCGGGCAGCGGCGUCUUCGCCCGACCCGAUGUGCUCCGUAAUGUUUUCAAGGGCAUGCCUCCCAACCUUGACUUCAGGGCGGGCCCCUUGCUGCCGCACCAGUGGGCGUCGCCCGGCAUGAUGUCCUCGCACGACCGAGACCGCCGUUAUGACUCCGCCCCUUCAGCUGAGAACAUGAAGCCGGCAGACGGACCGUCUCCCAUGGUCUCUGCAGCGGCUGACGGCCCCGCCAGCUUCUCUGACCUGAGCAGGGCUUACCAAAGCAUGAUGGGAAACGGAGUCCACUUUCAAGGUUCUCUUCAGGCCUUCAUGGACAGUUUUGUCCUCAACUCAAUGAAGAAGGACAUGAAGGACAACCAGAGUCCGGUCCAGCUCCAGGCCCAGCGCUACCACGAUAACGGUGAACCCAAAGCCAAGCGGGCGGUCACAGGAGACCAGGACAGAGAAGACAAGGCCGACGCCAAACCGGCCUCCGAACCCGGAAAACCCGGCGGCCAGUACGAACCCCUCGACCUGUCUGUGUCGGUCCGGCCGGAGUCUGCCUCGGGAUCUCUCCCCGGCUCCUCGGUCACCAUUCACGACAACGUGGCGUGGCACAGCUGCCUCUUCUGCUCCUUCUCCACCUCAUCCCUGGAGCUCAUGGCUCUGCACCUUCAAGCCAACCACAUGGGAAAGGCCCAGCUGCAGCGGGCAGAACCGGGAAAAGAGCUCCAGCGGGAGGGUUCUCCCACCACCUCCGCCCUCCUCUCCUCCAACACCAAGAACUCCGGGCCAGCCAACGAUAGAGAUGGAGACAGAGAUGGAGACAAACACCAGACUAGCUGGAACAAUCACAUGGACCAGCCGUACAACCCGUUCCAGAGCGACUUCUACAGGAGGUUCGGCGGCCUGUACGACGGAUCUCCGAGGGCCAAUCAGGCUCUUCAGGGGUACAUAGACCAGGCAGAGCAGAACCUGGACCUCCCAAGCCAGGGAUUUCCAGGAGCAGGGGAGGAGGACCAAAUCAUUGAAAGGAGCCCCUGUGGAAACGCCGAAGCUGAAAACAUUGGAUCAGAUGAAGAAGUGGCUAAAGCCGGGGCCCACAGUAACAGUGAGACCCCGUCCGACACCCCCAAGAGGCAGCAGCCACAGAGCCACUCCGACGACGAGGAAGAGGAGGGAGGAGCGGCCGAAGAGGAGGAGGAAAAAGAUGAGGACGGGCCAAUGGACUUGGAGAGAGAGGAAGGAGGAAGUCCAGGAUCAGACCACCUCCAGAAUCAUCCUAAACCUCUCCUGGACGACUCCCCUCUGCCUCCCAGGAGCAGCGGCGCUCUGGCCGCGUCGUCCUCCUCCGCCAUGACGCCGAUUCCUCUGGGCCAAUCCCAGGGCCCCGCUCUGGAGAAGCAGUGGCAGCCGGGCCUCGGCCUCCUGUCCCCUGGAGGGCCGCCGGGGCUGCUGAAGGCCGAGCCGCAGACCCACCUGGAGCAGCAGAUGAACAUGCUGUCCGUCCUCCGGGCCUACAGCAACGACAGCCUCCCCACCUUCAACGGCCUGGGCGGCGGAGCCGGCGCAGCCAACCCCGGGGCCAUGAAGAGGGCCGAUGCUUCCGUGCAUCUGUGGGUAGGCGAGGAGGACCAGCCCAUGGCCCAUGACCCCGCGUUGACCCACGACCCCAGCCACCAUAACAUCGACCUUAACAGCCACCCUAACAACCAUAACCUAGGCGGCAGCGAGGCAGAGUGAUGAGGAUGGCGGUGAUGGAGGAGGCGGAGGCGGAGGAGGAGGAGGAUGAAGGUUAAAUGAAGGAUUACACUAUAACAAAGACUUUAUUUAAGAUGAAAAAACACAUUCUACCAUCAGAGAAGAGAAGCGCCGGCCGAGCGCCGCCGGCUGAGAGCUGAGAGCGGCGUCCGAUUUGUGAGGGAUGGAUUUGCAGGAUGGACCUAAUGACUUUUGCAAAGCAUCCUCGGACACUAAACAAAGUGACAGCAACCCUUCUUCUUUUGUUUUUGUUUUUCCUGUUUGGUCUCCUGUGGUCUGAACCCCCCCCCCCCCCCCCCCCCCCCCCUCCUUGUCUUUGUUGUCCUGAACACUUUCUCCUCCUCUUUUUUUGAUGAAACUACCUGUCUGAUUAGCACUUCUUCUUCUUCUUCUUCUUCUCCCUGCGAGUUCUGAUACAUUCCUUCAUCUAGAAAGUCUUUUCUGUUCCUCCUUUAAAUUAGUGCUUAACUUAUAUGCUUUCCUGUCCUGUCAUGAUGAAGAAUAUAGCUCUUUUCCAUGUCCACAGGUGGUAUAGUAGAAUGUAUUCUGCUCUAGGGGGAUAGGAGCUCACCUUUUACCGGAAACCAAGCACAUUCCUGUCAGACUCCCCCCCACAUAGAGAAGACCCCUCGCCAUGCACAACACAGAUUUUAGCUAGCGAAAGGAAAGCAGACUGUUGAAUAACCGACACACUGUCGGUUCACUAUGAUAAAUUAUGAAGUCUUCAUUCCCGGCUGGUUUUGCGGUGGCGGGGGCGGCGACACAUUCAGACUGGCGAUACCACGCCCCACACUACACUAUAUAUACAUAUAAAUAUAUCUAUGUCUUUUUGUUCUUGUACUGUAUUAUCUGAGACAGCACCCAUAGAUGCUUAAUGUCUAUAGAGAGCUAUAUGAUAGCCGAAGAAAAAAAAAGCAAAACAUGAAAAAAAGGAAAAAAAGAAUUUAAAAAAAGUGACAGCAAAAAGUUCGAAAGCAUUUGUGAUGAGGAAAAAAAGCAAAAAAAAAAAAAAAAAAAGGUAGUUUACACCGACGGACGGCAGGCUUUCUCCAGUUAUGAAGAGGAGAGUUUAAAAAAAAAGAAUCUCUGAAUCAGUCAUUUUAAAAAAAAUGAGCGGGAACACUUUCUUUCUUUUUUUAAACCCCUUUUUCUCUCCAUCUCUCCCACCUCGACCUCAAGGACUCUCUAGUGUUGCAAAUGUUUGUAAAAUACUGCCACCGAUCAUUGUUGCACAGUGUUACUGACUACUGAAAAAUGGUUUGUUGUAUUUACUUUAAGACGAGAGAAGAAAAAAAAUGACAAAACUGGAAAAAAGACAUAUUGUGUAUAGCCUUAGAUACAAGUCAUCUGUUAUUGCUUCUUCAAAAGCUAUGUAGCCGUGCUAGACCGUAGAAAGUAGGGUUGAUUUCAUUUCUCUUUUUGUUUUUCAUUUUUAUAUGUACUGUACAUUAAUUGCCUUGUCCAUUUACCGAUCGGAAAAAAGAAAAAAACAGAGGAAAAAGAUGACAAUCGUCUCCUGUGCUGCAGACAUAUUCGCCCCCCCCCCUCCCUCCCUCCCUCCCCAGCGUAUAUACAGAACCCAUUAUGCAUAGAGGGAUUCCUCCUUUCUUCUUUCUUUCAUUUGUUUUCAAUUCUCAGAAGUAUUUUGCACUGUGAUAGUAUUAUAAAUCCAACCUAUACAGUACAAAACUAGCUAACUAACUAAAAAUGAAGGUGUGUGUUUGUGUGUCCCUUGACAUUGUGAAAUGUUUCUACGUCAUCUUUUGUGAACCCAGAGAAAAAGUCUAAUGCGGUAUGUACAGUCCGAAUAUUAUACUACUACUUCUUCUUUUCUUUUGUUUUUUAGUUUGAUCAACCUCUAUACUGUAUGUGGCUUUGACGAACUGUUAAACAUGACUUCUUUUGGAUUAUAAUCCCCAUCAAUCAAAUCCCAAUGUGAGAUUUCUCUCUCUCUCUUGUUUCUUUUUUCUUUUUUUUCUUUUGUUAUUCUGAAUAAAGCCUCCAGCCCUGGGAUUGUUUGAGGUUUGUGCAGACGGCUGCCAGCCAUUCUCUCCAGAAACAGAGGGGAUCCACCUAAAAAUAAUCAGGAGUGAGACUGGUGAAAAGUGAGAGGUGACAGUUUAGAGGAGGGGUGUUUGGAAACGGGGUCCGUGCAAACCGAUUGGAUGUAUUCCUGCUUGGAGGCACCUUGACCUCUGACCCCGCGUCUGUUUUCCAGGGGUGUAAAAGAUGAGAGGCCAUCCGUCUCUCUCGACCAGCUAUAACGAUCAUUCCACUCCACAUAAUAUGUACAAAACCUGUCUUGUGAGCUGAAACACUCUUUAUGUUUUGCUGUAUCCUCAUGGCAGAUGCUUCGUUUUGUAACUACUGAACUGUACUUAUAAUAAAAAUAAAAUGUAUUCAAACUAAAAAA